UACUUUAAAAAAAAUUCUUAUUUGGCUUUUCAUUAAAAUAUCUGUUUUAAUUGAAAAUAAAAAAUGUAAAGAUCGACGCUCCACAUGAGUCCAAUUUGAGCCCUGGUUUAGAUCUAACGGUGUAUACGGCCCAGGAACGGACGGAGAUUAACCAUAGUUGAAAAUAUCUCCACUAUAUAAGAGCAAUAGGUGUAACCCUUUCUACUCGUGCUCUCACUCACUUCUAGGUGGAUUCUUAAUCCUCCUUUUCUUUAUUUCCCAUUUUAACCCUGUUACUAGGGUUUCAUUCUUCAUCCCCAUGGCUGAAGAGUACCGAUGCUUCGUUGGUGGACUUGCUUGGGCCACCGACAACGACGCUCUCGGCAAAGCGUUUUCUUCCUUUGGCGAAAUCGUCGAAUCGAAGGUUAUCCUUGAUCGUGAAACUGGAAGAUCGAGAGGAUUUGGAUUCGUGACCUUUGCAUCGGAGCAAUCAAUGAAAGACGCCAUUGAAGGGAUGAACGGUCAGGAUCUAGAUGGCCGUAACAUCACUGUGAACGAGGCUCAGAGCCGCGGCAGUGGUGGUGGUGGUGGAGGUGGAUACCGUGGAGGCGGCGGUGGAGGAUAUGGAGGUGGCGGUGGUGGAUAUGGAGGCGGUGGAGGUUAUAGCCGUGGUGGUGGUGGUGGAAGUUAUGGAGGAGGUGGAGGUCGUCGGGAAGGAGGUGGUGGUGGAUAUGGUGGAGGAGGUGGUGGUUACGGAGGAGGUGGAGGUGGCGGUGGAUAUGGUGGAGGAGGUGGACGGGACCGUGGUUAUGGAGAUGGUGGAUCUCGGUACUCAAGAGGCGGAGGCGGUGGUGGUUCCGAAGGAGAUUGGAGGAGUUAAUGUUGCUUUGAUUUAGGUUUUUAGUGAUUGAAUUUUAAUGAGAUGUUCUAUCUGUUAUAUCUUAUUGGUUAUUAUUGGUUAUUGUAAGUGUUUUGAUUUUGGAUUAUCCUUUGUGAUUUUGAGUA